GGGCGGGGCGGGGCGGGGCGGCGGGGGCAGCCGGGGCCCGAGCUCCAGGAGCGCGGCGGCGGAGCGGAGCGGUGGCAGCGCUGUGUCUCGGAGCCCCUCGGGAGCCGGUGGGCUGUGGCCCCGUGCUGCAGCCCCCAUGGAUAAAUACAAAGCUCUCGAGCAGCUGCUCACAGAACUUGAAGAUUUUUUGAGGAUACUGGACAAGGAGAACUUGAGCAGCACUGCUGUUGUGAAGAAGAGCUUCCUCUCCGACCUUCUGCGGGUCUACACCAAGUCCAGCGGUGGCGAUGAGGAAUAUAUUUAUAUGAACAAAGUGACCAUCCAUAAACAACAGGGUGACCAGGAGAAACAAGACAAAGGGCUGGAUCGGAGAAACUCCUUGACCAAUGGAGACUCAGGACUGCAUUCGUCCCCUCCUCAGAAGAGCCUGCCAGACCUCCCCCCUCCAAAGAUUCCCGAAACAAAACAACCUCCGGUCCCCAAGAUCGAAUCCCCAGAGGGAUAUUAUGAAGAGGCUGAGCCAUAUGAUGUCUCUGUAAAUGGUCUUUUUGGUAGGCUUGCGGCGGCUGGACCCAGGCCAGGGUUGCAGGUUACUGAGGGAGUUAUUUAUGCCACAAUAACGAUGGAAGAUGGUGAAGCCAUUAGUAGCUCCUAUGAAUCUUAUGAUGAAGAAGAGAGCAGUAAAGGCAAGUCAGCGACCCAUCAGUGGCCAUCCACAGAGGCCACCAUUGAGUUGAUGAAGGACGCCCGCAUCUGUGCAUUCCUGUGGCGAAAGAAGUGGCUGGGACAGUGGGCAAAACAGCUGUGUAUUAUCAAGGAUACCAGGUUGCUGUGCUACAAGAGCUCCAAAGACCACAGCCCUCAGCUCGACGUGAAUUUGCUGGGCUGCACUGUCAUUCACAAGGAAAAGCAAGUGAGGAAGAAAGAGCACAAGCUGAAGAUCAUCCCCAUGAAUGCCGAUGUCAUUGUGCUGGGGCUGCAGAGUAAAGACCAGGCAGAGCAGUGGCUCAGGGUAAUACAGGAGACGAGCGGUCUGCUGUGCGAAGGAGGCAAUGAAGGCAACCAGUACAUCCCGGAUUCGCAGCGUCUCAGUUACCCAAAGGUGGAGGUAUCCGAGAGGUACUCUGUAGCCUCCGAGAGCGGGAGCAGCACGGACGGCCAUCCAGAGAUUGCAGAGAUAAAAGAUGUUAAGAAGAAGGGCACAACUGGCCUGAAACUGAGCAACCUGAUGAACCUCGGAAGGAAAAAAUCCAGCUCCCUGGAUAGCCCAGAGAGAUCCCUGGAGACUUCCAGUUACCUGAACGUGCUAGUGAACAGCCAGUGGAAGUCCCGCUGGUGCCAGAUAAAAGACGGUCACCUCCAUUUCUACCAGGACAAAAACCGAAGCAAACUGGCUCAGCAACCCCUGAGUUUGGCAGGUUGUGAAGUUAUCCCAGAGCCAAGCCCUGAUCAUCUCUACUCCUUCCGCAUCCUGCACAAUGGGGAAGAACGGGUCAUUCUAGAGGCGAAGUCCUCGGAGGAAAUGGGCCACUGGCUGGGCCUCCUUUUGUCAGAGUCAGGUUCGAAAACAGACCCAGAGGAAUUUACCUACGACUACGUGGAUGCUGACCGGGUUUCCUGCAUUGUGAGCGCUGCAAAGAACUCCUUCUUCUUAAUGCAGAGGAAGUACUCUGAGCCCAACACCUACAUCGACAAUCUGCCAAAGGGCAGGAUGCAGCAGGAGGAGCUGUAUGACGACGUGGAUCUGCCAGACCUGUCUGUGGAAGAAGCACCCAAGAGUGAGAGCAAAUUGGAGGCAGACCAAGACAGAGUGUACCUGGAUCUCACCCCAGUGAAGUCCUUCCUACACUGUGCUGGCAAGAAGUCAUGCCAGACUUCACCCCUCAGCUCACCAUCUCUAGAAAGGGCUGCCAACAAGGCUGCAGCAGAGAGCACAGCUGAGCCAGCCCCUGUGGCUAAGGAAGCCGAGCCCUGUAGUAAGGCGAUAGAGACCUCGGAGCAGAAACACCCAGAGCAGCCAGAGCCUGAUGAGACACUGCCACGGGCGCCCACCGUCAAAAUCCAGACGCAGCAGCAAAAGAUCGCCUUCCCCCAGCCGGCCCCUGAGCCGCCGGCAGGCACAGUGACAGUGGGCAGUCCCCAGCUGCUGCCCGCACACCGGCCCAAGAUGCCAGUGCCAGCAGCAGCAGUGGAAACCAAGCUGGGCAAGAACAGGACAGAGGCAGAGGUGAAGAGGUUUACAGAGGAAAAGGAGCGGCUGGAAAAGGAGAAGGAUGAAAUCCGGGCUCAGCUCACCCAGCUGCGCAAGGAGAGGCGGGAGCUGAAGGAAAUGCUCGGGGGCAGCACAGACAAGAGCCUGGAGCAGAGGCUGAAGGAGAUAGAAGAAGAGUGCAAAAGGAAGGAGAGCCGGAGGGUGGACCUGGAGCUGAGCCUGGUGGAGGUGAAGGAGAACCUGAAGAAGGCAGAGUCCGGCCCCGUGACGCUGGGCACUGCGGUGGACACCACGCACCUGGAGAAUGCAGCUCCCCGGAUUCAGGCAAAAAGUGCGAGUCCGGCAAAUAGCCCAGAGAACUCACCAGUCAAUUCAGCAACGGCUUUAAAAAACCGGCCUUUGUCCGUCAUGGUGACGGGGAAGGGAACAGUCCUACAGAAAGCUAAGGAAUGGGAGAAGAAGGGAGCUAGUUAGAACCACGUUUUUCAGAGAUGGACUAAAGACUGGAAUUGCCCAUGCACGGCAAAGGGGAUUCAAUCAUCUGUAGUUGGAGGUUGGGUGUGCAACACAACCACACACCAAGUGCCUCCUCCACGUCGCGCCAACUGCUCAGAUGCAGCAACGGAGUCAACAGCUGCCAAUACAAAUUAUCCCAAAUGAUCUUGCUCUUUCCAGACAAGUCCCAAUCACGUAGCUAAAACAAUAACAACCAGUGGCAAUCCUUGCAUCAAAUUCCUAACCCAGUUGAUGUAAACAAGAAUGUUACUGUACAUAGGGGUGUUUUGUGUAUUUCUACUCUGAAGGUUUAUCAAUGAGUUAAGGUUUCUAUAUUAGUGACAGUAGUGGUUUCAGAAGGGGCCUCCGCUAUUCUUUAUACCCCAGUGGUUUUCAACCUGUCAUGGCAAAUUACAGUCAAUUCAAGGCUCACCGAUCUUGCUGCCGGUCAUCACUCAGCUGCAGAUCAUCCAGCCUUCAGUCAAGGGAGACACCCACACCUGAGCAAUGCUUGAGAUAUGAAUGAGAAGCACACAGCAGCCUGUCCAGGGGAUUUUUAAUCAGUGUCCCAAUGCACCCCAGCAUGUGUUUACUCCUACCACCCUGCUGCAGAUUUGCCAGAAUAUCAAGGAAGAUCCCUGCUCACCUUCUUGUGCUGUAAGCUGUGUUACAGGCUGGUGGCACCAAGACCUCUGGGUGAAGAUCAUCUCCCAAGCAGAUUCAGUUAAUUUUCUUUAAGAUCUUGGUCUGCUUCACCCAAGGAGUUUGUUCCAGGGGGUGGGGGGGAAAAAAGGCACAGGCCUGUUCAGCUGUUGAUUGGGAAGCUGGAUCCCAAUGUAUCCUUCAGGGCUUGCCCCUUCCCAGGGGAGGGGAGGUAAAGCUGUCCCUGUGCUCCUGCCCCAGCUGGGAGCACCACUUUGCUGAUGCUCACUGGUGCCCACAGAGCCGUAGCUGUACAAUCUGCUGAAGGCAUCCCCUGCAAAAGGAGCCCUUCCAUGCAGGCAAGGCAGAGCAGUCUGACCUGCUCUCCUCCAGGCCCAGCAAGUGAGGUCACACCACCAUGUCUCUGGUGGGCUGCUGGCCAUCUUGGUGCUGUUAAUAAUUUCUAAAUUAUUAAACUUAAUAUAGCCUUUGGACCCUGGCAGCGUGGCCCAGAAAACCCAGGCCUCUGCCCUAGCCAAGGUUUGUAAUAAAAGAUGUUGGACGUCUGGGACUGCUACAGUUAGAGACGUUGAAAUUUGAAGGGGUGUAGAAGGUGGGUGUCAGAAAUCCAUGCACCUUCUCCUCCCUGUAACCUGCUGUCAUGUCUGAUGGCCCAGAGACACCUCUGCCUGUCUCCUCUGAUGGUCCUUCAGCCCUGGAGCCCAGGCUCAUUAACUGGGUUGACUGUGGGGGCUGCAGCAGUUUUCCAACCCUGCAAAGCUAAAGCAGCACCGGUACCCUGGCUAGGUUGUUCCUGCGGUCCUGCAGCUACACUGAUGAGCAUCACCCAGAGCCAAGGUAAACAGGCAAAAUGUUGUACCUUCCUAACCCUUGAAAACCUUUGACAGGCUUGAGGCCACCUCUAAAGGGAUGCUCCUCCUGUCCCCACGCAAGGUUUCCACACAGGGAAAACUCAUGCAAAUAAGCCACUGAAACUUCUGGCUUGGGACCCAGGGGACUUUCCUCUUAAAAGCACCGGCAGGCCACAGACACCAUGAAGCUUUUGUUUUGACCUUUUAUGAGCUGGCAGAAGACCCUCUCUAUACCCUAAAUAUAUGUGUAGUACCGUGCCCUCACCAUACACCCCGCUGUUGUCCUCCAGAAGCUGUUGAGACAUUUCACAGCGAUACUGAGACAGCUACGGAUGAGAGCAGCUCUGCUUUCCCCACCACAGCCCAGUCAGCUUCAGUGUUCCUGCUGGGGUAUCUUCAUCAGGGGAUGGUAAAUGUAGGCAAGUCCUGAGCAACACACAUUCCCAGAAAAGAAACAUUAAACAAUGUCUCUGUGUCCCCAUUGUUUUCCUAACUCGAGGCAUUUCCUUUGUUGUAACUGUGACCUAUAAAGUGGCGCUUUAGAGGGUUUUAUAAUAAAAUGUUGAGUAUA